UUGAUCCAUCAAACACUUGCAUAAUGGCAUCUACUUCAGCUUCAUCCAUACAAAGGAGCUUCAAGUAUGACGUCUUUUUGAGUUUUAGGGGUGAAGACACCCGCAAGAACUUUGUUGAUCAUCUAUAUCAUGCUCUUGUCAAUAAAGGCAUUAUAACCUACAAGGAUGAUGAAAAAAUCAAGAAAGGGGAAAGAAUCGGAGAUCAGCUCAUCGAGUCCAUUGAAGACUCGAGAUUUUACAUCAUUGUUUUCUCAAGGAACUAUGCAUCUUCAUCAUGGUGCUUAGACGAGCUCGUCAAGAUUAUGGAGUGCCAAAAGAUGACCGAGCAUACUGCUUACCCCAUCUUCUAUGAUGUGGAACCCACUGAAGUCCGCAAACAAAGUGGAUCAGUUGGGGAAGCCUUUGAACAGGUCACAAGGAAGAGGAAGAGGACGUUGGAAGAUGUAAAUCUGGAAAAGGAAAAUGAUGUUGGAAGAUGGAAAAAUGCUCUAAAAGAAGCAGCCGACCUCGCUGGGAUGGAGUUGAAAAACACUUUCAACGGGCAUGAAGCAAAAUUUAUCCAACAAAUCGUUCAAGACGUUUCACGAAAGCUACAUCUCAUUAACUUGAGCAUCGAUAGGAAGUUAGUAGGCAUGGAGACUCGGGUAAGGGACGUAAUUUCAUCUUUGGAACUUGAUUUAGAUGAUGUUCGGAUGAUAGGGAUCAAAGGGAUUGGAGGUGGUGGGAAGACGACUUUGGCGAGAGCUAUUUUUGAUAAUAUAUCCGUCUGGUUUGAAGGUAAGAGCUUUGUUGAAGAUGUCAGAGAAGUUUCAAAAGGCUCUUUGUUUGGGUUGAAGGAUUUGCAAAAACAAAUCCUUUCAUCUGUGUUAAACGAUCAAAAAAUUGUUGUAGCUGGUGUGUCGGACGGAAAAAGUAUGAUGCAAAAGAUGAUGCCUCAUAGAAAGGUUCUUGUAGUUCUAGAUGAUGUGGAUGAUAUAGACCAGCUUGAAGCAUUAGCAGGUGAGCCUACCUGGUUUAAGCCGGGAAGUAGAAUCAUCAUCACCACAAGAGAUGAGCAAGUGUUAGUAGCUCAACAAGUGAAUGUUAUUCAUGAUGUCAAUCUGUUAUCAGAUGAGGAAGCAAUUUGCCUCUUUAGUAGGUAUGCAUUUGGGAGGGAGAUUCCAGAUCAUGGGUAUGAAGAGCUAUUAAGAAAAGUUGUACGUUAUGCUGCCGGUCUUCCCUUAACAAUCAAAGUUUUGGGUUCACAUCUUUGUGGUAGAACUAAGCAUGAAUGGGUAGACACCAUAGAAAGACUAAAAACAAUUCCGUUGGAGAAAACUUUGAAAAGAUUGGAACUAAGCUAUAAUGGCCUAGAGAAUGAUGAGAAAGAAAUAUUCUUAGAUGUUGUAUGCAUACUGAAAGGUGAAAAGAAAGACCACUCAAUAAGAAUACUUGAAAGUUGUGGGUUUAAUGCUCAUAUUGGUUUAAGAGUUCUUGAGCAGAAAUCUUUGAUAACUAUUUCUGAUUAUCACGGUUUGCGUUUCCAUGACCAUAUAGAAGAAAUGGGCUGGAAUAUUGUCCGUGGUUUGCAGCCUCUUGAGCCUAGCAAGCAUAACCGACUAUGGAUUAAAGAGGAAAUAGAAGAUAUAUUGGUUAAUGAAUUGGGUACCGAAGUAACAAGAAGUAUUAAACUAAAAUACACAAGUCUCUAUCCAACAACUAUUAUGAGAGGUCUUAGGAAAAUGAGGGAACUUAGAUUUCUUUCGGUGCAUAAAGGAGAUAUAGUAUGGGCUGUUGAUGAAGUUACUCAACACUUACGAGAUGCUUUACAAUCUCUAUAUUGGCCUCAAUACCCUUUUCCGUCUUUACCUCAAACGUUUCAAGCAAAUAAGCUCGUUAACCUUGAAAUGGUUGGGAGCAAUAUAUUUGAACUUUGGGAAGGAGGAGAAAGAAAGGUUCUAAAUAAGAUAAGAUUCAUUGAUCUCAGAUAUUCAGAGUUAGAAACCUUUGACCUUAGUAUGACUCCAAAUCUCGAAAAGUUAAAUCUGGAAGGAUGUUUUAACUUUUUCAAACUCCACAUCCCUGUUGAAUGUCCAAAGCUCAAAUUCCUCAAUCUCAUUGGUUCUAAGGUGAGUAACCUUAACCUUGGGAUGAUUCCACAUCUCGUGAAGUUACAUCUUGAUGGAUGUAGUGAAUUUGUAGAGCUCCACUUGCCUGUUAAAUGUCCAAACCUCAAAUCCAUAGAUCUUAGUGGUUCUAAGGUGAGUAACCUUAACCUUAGGAUGAUUCCAAACCUCGAGGUAUUACAUAUCGAAGGAUGUAAAGAAUUUCCAGAGCUUUACUUGCCUGUUGAGUGUUCGAGCCUCAAAUUCCUCUACCUCAGUGGUUCUAAGGUGGGUAAGCUUAACCUUGGGAACACUCAACAUCUCGAAAAGUUGAAUUGUGAAUGAUGUAAUGAAUUUGUUGAACUCCACUUGCCCGU